GACAUGUAUCGAGUAAGAAAUACCUGAUAGUUCCUCGUGAAUGGAUCGCGGCCUAGAUGUAACACGACAGUGAUAGUGAUAGUGAUUAUUUCGCCAAUUUCUAAUCGAAGGCUGUGAUCAUGGGCAUCUCUGACGCCGAGAAUCCUAACGGAUUAAAUAAAGAACAAGAAGUCUUAAGUGAAGAAGAACAUUCAUCAUGGAAAUUUUGGAAAAAGAGAAGAUACAUAGUUGCAUUUCUAGCGUUUCUAGGUUUCUUCAAUGUCUAUGCAUUAAGAGUAAAUUUAAGUAUUGCCAUUGUGGCAAUGACAGAUAAAUCUGAUGGAAAGACACCAGAAUUCGACUGGGAUAGUAAAAUGCAGGGCUUGGUACUAAGUUCGUUCUUCUACGGAUACAUAACCACCCAAUUGGUAGGUGGUUAUGUGGCAGGUCGAAUUGGCGGUAAAAAAGUUUACGGAUGUGGAAUUGCUGUAACCGCAGUUUUAACAGUUCUGACACCAUGGAUGGCAAAAACCAGCAUCUAUCUUCUUAUUGCUGUCAGAAUCAUCGAGGGAAUUUUUGAAGGCGUUUCUUAUCCGUGUAUCCACGCUGUCUGGUCGAAAUGGGCUCCCCCUUUGGAAAGAAGUCGUCUUGCAACAAUAGCAUUUUCCGGAAGCUACGUUGGAACUGUUGUAGCUAUGCCAUCUUCCGCCUAUCUUUCUGAUGCUUUCGGUUGGCCGUCUAUAUUUUAUUGUUUCGGAACAAUUGCUAUAAUUUGGUUUUUGGUAUGGAUGGUUGUCGUAGCAGAAACCCCAGAAGAUGAUCCUCAUAUUAGUCCAGCCGAGUUGAAAUACAUCACAGAAUCUUUAAAGAAAAAUAGUAACAGCAAGACACCUAAAGUUCCUUGGCGAGAUAUUGUAACUUCUAUGCCUGUAUGGGCCAUAGUGUGCUCGCAUUUCAGUGAGAAUUGGGGAUUUUAUACGCUGCUAACUUUGUUACCCAAGUUUAUGAAAGAUGUUCUGAAAUUCGAGUUGGGAACAUCGGGCUUCAUGUCUGCUGUGCCAUAUCUUGCUAUGGCCAUUAUGAUUUCAAUUGCCGGCCACUUUGCCGAUUUGAUGCAAGUGAAGAAAAUCCUUACCACUACUCAGGUACGAAGGUAUUUCAAUUGCAGCGGUUUCAUCGCCCAAACGGUGUUUAUGUUGGGAGCUGCUUAUGCACAAUCGACUGCAGUUUGUAUGGUAUGUCUGACGUUGGCUGUCGGACUGGGAGCCUUUGCAUGGGCUGGCUUUAGUGUUAAUCACUUGGAUAUAGCUCCUCAAUUUGCUGGUUUAUUAAUGGGAUUCAGCAACACGUUUGCUACAUUACCAGGAAUUCUCAGCCCAAUUAUUGCAGGAUAUAUAGUGACCACACCAACUGCAGAAGAAUGGAGAAUAGUAUUUUUCAUUUCGAGUGGUGUCUACCUCUUUGGUAGUGUGUUUUAUUUUAUAUUUGUGUCAGGGGAACUUCAACCAUGGGCAAUGGAUGAGACACCUUCACAUCAAAAUCAAAUACCAAUAGAAAAUGGAUGUCAAAACAAAGCAUAUGUGCAAACUGAUGAACUUUAGUCAAACACACAUAAGUGCUCGAGAACAAAUAAUUGCUUAAUCCUAUUUUUCAAUAAUUUACUAUUGUUAACAAGUAUUACAAUUAUAUGUUUUAAUAUAAUUUUAUUACAUAUAUUAUAUCAUUUUAUAGUAUAACAUUUUCACCUAUUUUCAUUUGUAGCAUUUAUACAAGUUCUCUAUAUUAAUUAAUAUUUGACAAAAUAGUAUUAUAUUCUUAGUACAAAUUAUCAAUAAGUUAUCAAUAAAAAUUCUGUGGUAACUUAUUUAAAUUUCAGAAUUAAAAUAAAUUAUAAAAAAUAUAUAUGUACAAGAUAAAAUAUAAAUAAUAAAAAA